AUGAAGGUGAAGAACACGCUAUUCAUUUUCGGGUCAGGCGAGUGCGGCCAAUUGCCGCCCGAGUACUGCGCAGACUACGUGCAGGUGAACCCGACAGCCGUGCAUAACCUUCCGAACGACAUCGACCAAGUCGUUUGUGGAUCGAUGCACACAAUCAUAAAGACCAAAGAUGACAGGUUGUUCUCCUUUGGGUGUAAUGACAUGGGCGUUCUCGGACGAAAGACCCAUGCCAAUAGCGCCAAGGACCCAGAACACUCUCCAACGUUACUGAACUUCACUAGCAACUCAAAGAUUAAGAAGAUUACUUGCGGAGAUAAUCACACUGCUCUUCUCCUAGAAAACGGAAAGGUAUACAUUACGGGGGGGUUUAGGGAUUCUUGUGGGGUUCUAGGAAUUCCUUCUUUUCAAAAAAGGGGAGAAAUAAUACAUAAGUCGGAAGAAUUCUUGGAGGUAAAUUUUUCCUAUGCCUACGAUGGGAACACUUCACAUAGUUACGCUGAAGAGGUACAGAAAGCCAUGGAGAGAGGUGUCAUAAUAAGUAACAUAAUAUCGGGAGAAGAUCACCUGGUUUGUCUAGAAGAGAGCGGAGAGUACAUAUACACCAUGGGAAAUAGUGACUCAUGCCAAGUGUGCAACACCUUCUACGAUGUAGAAUUUGCCAAUGAUAUGAGGAACAGAUACAUCUUCCCGAACCGCUACCACUUCAAGGAUUUUGGGCUCCCAUCAAAGUUUAAAAACAUUUACUGUGGUGGUAACAACACUUUUGUUCAGUUAGAAACAUCUCUAGAUGUUUAUGCAAUAGGAAGAAAUGCCUACGGGUCAUGUGGUGUAUCUAUGAAAGAUAAUAUCAUAAAAAAGUUUGCAAAAAUUGAAGAGUUGUCAUCGAAGGAGAUAAUACAACUGUGUGGUGGACAAAGCUUUACCGUCUGCUUACUUAAAAAUAAUGACAUGUACAUUUGGGGGAACCGAGAAAUAUUGGGCAUGGAAUCUGAGGAAGAUGCCUACUCUCCUCAAGAGCUAACAUUCUUCAAAAAGAAAAAACUUCUUAUAAAAAAUAUUUCUUGUGGAACGGACCACUGUCUAGUGUUAACGGAGAGUGGUAAACUUUUCGGAUGGGGCACAGGAGGAAAUGACUUUGAAGAAGAUACAUGCAUAGCUGUCAUCGAAAAAAAUGAACCAUCAGAAAUUGCGUUCCAUAAUUUUGUUACCAAAAAUUUUGCCAAAGGUAGGAAAGACAGCGAAGUAUCAAUUAGCAAUAUUAAAAUUCUAUCCUUUGCAGGGGGAUCAUCCCACUGUGCUUUUAUUACAUCACAUGUGGAUUCGGAGAGAAUGUCUAUUAAAAGGGGUCAUGAAGAAGUAUAUGAGGAAAACGAUAUGUUCGUGAAGAAACACAGAAGGGAAAACUUCCUCCAGAUGGGAAUGGAUGAAUUGCAUGUGGAGAAGGUACAUGAGGGAGAUGUCCAUUUAGAAGGUGCCCAUUUAGAAGAUGCCACGAAUGAACAAGGUGAAGAUCCUCUCCAUAUGGACAAACCUGACAAAGUCGGAGAUAGGGAAAACAACAAAGGAAGCUUCUUCAAGGAACUUUUCUACAACCCACAAACACCAGUUAAUAGCCAGUACUACAUACAGUCAAAGGAUUUAGAAAACAUGGAUAGCGAAUUUGUAGGCACCGUGGAUAAGACCACCGUGAGUAAGGAUACUCAGAAAAGGAGAAGAAGCGUUAAGACCAAGCCUUACUUAAGCAACGAAAGCCCAACAAGGAGACAACCAAGGAGGUCUUGCAAAGAGAACAUCAACCUGAGUGAAAAAACUUAUAGACAGUUUUACCAAAUUGUGGACACCCCUAUAUCGAAGAAAAAACGGAAGACGACACCUUCUUCUAUGACAAGGAACGUUAAGAUGAAGGUAUCUCCAUCAGAGAGGAUAAACAAAUCUAGGUCUGUUGGUGGAAAGCGAGAAAGCGUAGAAAGGUCUUACUCUAAGAGAGACAACCCCAAACAUGAAUUCGAUUCGCAGACACCUGAUGCGAAGGUUGUCCGCGGAAAAUCGUCCAAAAUGAAGAGUUAG